GAAAAACCGAGAAGAGCAGAGAGCCCAGAGGCAGAAGGAAGGGGCUGGUGCAGGCACUGCUGCUGAGAGGAGAUCAAGAGACAGGGGGUGCACUUGACAACCAGCAUGCAGAGAUGUACAGUGAACCUGUGACUAUUAUUCUUGAAUCCUGAGCUCAUGUCCUAGCAGGAGAAAGAGAAGGCAAAACAUCAGAAGAGGCAGAAGUGGAUGUGAGAGACAGAGAGACACAGAGACACAGAGAGCGAAAGAGGGCAAGAGACUUGACUUUAAGAGACUCCUGCACUGACAACUCCAUGCAGUUCGGAACAAGAACGGCAACGACCGAAUCUGGUUUCAUGGGGACAUGGCAGAACGCUGACACUAACCUCUUAUUCAGAAUGUCCCAACAGGCCAUCCGCUGUACACUGGUAAAUUGCACAUGUGAAUGUUUCCAGCCAGGGAAGAUUAACCUGAGAACCUGUGAUCAUUGUAAACAUGGCUGGGUGGCACAUGCUUUGGACAAGCUUAGCACUCAGCAUCUGUACCACCCUACCCAAGUGGAGAUUGUGCAGUCCAACGUAGUGUUUGACAUCAGCAGCCUGAUGCUCUAUGGUACCCAGGCUGUGCCUGUGAGACUGAAGAUACUGCUGGACCGACUCUUCAGUGUGUUGAAGCAGGAAGAGGUGCUGCACAUCCUGCAUGGCUUAGGCUGGACGCUUCGGGACUACGUGCGGGGCUACAUCCUUCAGGAUGCUGCAGGCAAGGUGCUGGACCGCUGGGCCAUCAUGUCCAGGGAAGAAGAGAUUAUUACCCUUCAGCAGUUUCUGAGAUUUGGAGAAACCAAAUCCAUCGUGGAGCUGAUGGCAAUUCAAGAAAAGGAAGGGCAGGCAGUGGCUGUGCCAUCUUCAAAGACAGAUUCAGAUAUAAGGACUUUUAUUGAAAGCAAUAAUCGCACUAGGAGCCCAAGUCUCCUUGCUCACCUGGAGAACAGCAACCCUUCCAGCAUUCAUCACUUUGAAAACAUCCCUAACAGCCUUGCGUUUCUGCUUCCAUUCCAGUACAUAAAUCCCGUCUCUGCUCCAUUGCUGGGGCUGCCUCCAAAUGGCCUCCUGCUGGAACAGCCGGCUCUGAGGCUGCGUGAGCCAAGCCUUUCUACCCAAAAUGAAUAUAAUGAAAGCAGUGAAUCUGAAGUUUCCCCCACUCCUUUCAAGAAUGAGCAGACAUCCAGCAGGAAUGCUUUGACCAGCAUCACAAAUGUAGAACCCAAAACUGAGCCAGCCUGUGUGUCUCCCGUUCAAACAUCUACACCCAUCAGUGAUUUGUCCAAAACUGAGCACACAAAAAGCUCAUUCAGGAUUCACAGAAUCAGAAGAAUGGGAUCAGCAUCAAGAAAAGGGAGAGUGUUCUGCAAUGCAUGUGGUAAAACUUUCUAUGACAAAGGUACUCUCAAAAUCCACUACAAUGCAGUUCAUCUUAAAAUCAAACACCGGUGCACGAUUGAAGGCUGCAACAUGGUCUUCAGCUCUCUUAGAAGUCGCAAUCGUCACAGUGCUAACCCUAACCCCCGCCUUCACAUGCCUAUGCUAAGGAACAACCGAGACAAAGAUCUAAUCCGUGCUACAUCAGGAGCUGCCACCCCUGUCAUAGCAAGUACAAAAUCCAGUCUUACCUUAACAAGCCCUGGUCGGCCUCCAAUGGGUUUUACUACUCCCCCGCUAGACCCUGUACUACAGAACCCUCUUUCUAGCCAGCUGGUGUUUCCAGCUUUAAAGACUGUCCAACCUGUUCCUCCUUUUUACCGAAGUUUACUUACUCCUGGAGAGAUGGUGAGCCCUCCAACCUCAUUACCCACCAGUCCCAUCAUACCAACAGGUGGUUCAGUGGAACAGCAUCCUCCUCUUCCUUCAGAGUCAUCGUUACCUGCGAUGGUGAUGCCUACCCAUGAGCCUAAUGCUGACCUUGCCCCUAAGAAGAAACCAAGGAAGUCAAGCAUGCCAGUUAAAAUAGAAAAGGAAGUUAUUGAUACUGCUGAUGAGUUUGACGAUGAAGAUGAUGAGGCUAAUGACAACAGCAUGAUGGCUAAUGAUAUUGGUCAUGACAAUCACUGCCAUUCGCAGGAGGAAAUGAGCCCAGGAUUGUCUGUGAAAGACUUUUCUAAAAAUGGUAGAAUCAGAUGCAUUUCCAGGACAGAGAUAAGAAGGGCGGACAGCAUGACCUCAGAAGACCAAGAGCACGAGAGAGACUAUGAAAACGAGUCAGAAACCUCAGAGCCAAAAUUGUGCGAGGAAUCCAUGGAAGGUGAUGAACGCAUCCAUGAAUCUAAUGAACAGUCUAUGAUGAACAGUGAGAUGCCAGAUGAAAAUCACAAUGAAUCUUCUCACCGGGAUGUAAUUAAGGUGAAGGAAGAGUUUACAGACCCUACCUAUGAUAUGUUUUACAUGAGCCAAUAUGGACUGUAUAAUGGGGGCAGUGCCAGUAUGGCUGCCCUUCACGAAAGUUUCACUUCAACAUUCAAUUACAACAGUCCUCAAAAGUUCUCCCCAGAAGGGGACCUGUGUUCCAGCCCAGAUCCCAAGAUCUGCUAUGUCUGCAAGAAGAGUUUCAAAAGCUCCUAUAGUGUGAAGCUUCACUACAGGAAUGUUCAUUUAAAAGAGAUGCAUGUCUGCACAGUGGCUGGCUGUAACGCUGCCUUCCCGUCACGGAGAAGCAGAGACAGGCACAGUGCUAACAUAAACCUGCACCGUAAACUGUUGACCAAAGAACUGGAUGACAUGGGACUGGACACCUCUCAGCCCUCUCUUAGUAAGGACCUCCGUGAUGAAUUUUUGGUGAAGAUCUAUGGCACCCAGCAUCAAAUGGGGCUUGACGUAAGGGAAGACACCUCCUCACCAGCUGGUACUGAGGAUUCCCACAUGAAUGGGUAUGGAAGGGGCAUGUCUGAAGACUACAUGGUCCUAGACCUGAGCACCACCUCCAGCAUCCAGUCUAGCAGCAGUAUCCAUUCCUCAAGAGAAUCUGAUGCAGGCAGUGAUGAGGGGAUUCUCCUGGAUGACGUUGAUGGGGCGAGUGACAGUGGGGAAUCUGCACACAAAAUGGACACCCCUGCCAUAGGUGUAGGUAUGGGUUCCGACCUUCCAGGAUCCCUCAUGUUCAACAAUGUUCCAAUGAGCAACGGUGGGAUAAUGUGUAACAUUUGCCACAAAAUGUACAGCAACAAGGGGACCCUCAGGGUGCACUAUAAAACAGUGCACUUGCGAGAAAUGCACAAGUGCAAAGUCCCUGGGUGCAACAUGAUGUUUUCCUCUGUCCGCAGCCGAAAUCGGCACAGUCAGAACCCUAACCUGCAUAAAAACAUUCCCUUCACUUCAGUAGAUUAGUUUAAGGAUGGACACGCAAAUGCCAGCUCUCACGGAGGGCCUACCAUGUUUGAACUGCCAUAUACAGUCUAUAUAUAUAUAUCUCUGUGUGUGUGUGUGUAUGUAUGUGUACAUACACAUACAUACACACACACACAGAUAUAUAUAUAUAUGUGUGUAUAUAUAUAUAUACACACACACAUAUAUAUCUUAUUUUUCUUUUUAACAAAAGAAAAACACCAGGUGCUUCUGUUUGUUUGUUUGUUUUCAUUUUCCUUUGUUGGGUUUGGGGUGGGGGACAGGGGAAGGUUAAGAAGGGAUGGAAUCUUUAACUGGGGGUGAAAUACCCUCAAUAAAAACCACAAAAACUUGCAAUUAGCCCCAGUUUUGUUAGGAAAUUCUUGGUCAUCUCCAAAGAGACAAAUUGUUCUACCCAUGAUUAUUGCCUGCAAAAAAAACAAAAUACAAAGAAGCAAAAAGAGGGUGGGGGGGAGAACUUCUUGGUUGUCUUUGUGUACUUUAAGCCGUUGGGAGAAACUUCUACUAAGCAUGGCUGUUACACUUGUAUAUAUAUUGAGCCUUGAGAGGCCUAUGAUGUAAAACAAUUGUAUUGAUGGUGGUUUAACUCUCUCUUUUUUUUUUUAAUUUUUACAGUUACAUUCAGCUGUUAGAUAUGCAGAAAAAAAUAGUUUGCUGGCUAGCUCUAUUCAAUUUAUGUUAGCUUUAAUGCACAUUUUUAAAAGAAACACGGUCUUGUUUUAACUACCUGCUAUAUAUAAGUAAUACAGAAGGGCUGGCAUGCUUUACAGUACCUGAUCUGAUACAGCUUUUUUGUCUUGUACUAUUACAUAAAUCCAGUCAUGCACUUUUUUCAUACACUACAAGGGGAUGUGUAAUAAUAUCCAUGCUUUUUUUUCCCUAAACUAUUGCCAUAUUUUCAGUAAGUGUCUUUAAAAAAAAACACUUAGAUAAAAGUGGUCUGGUCAGUAUGGGGCAUGAAUGCCAAACAAAAAGUAUUAGUGUUUAGUGUUAAUACAAAAGUGCCAACUUUGCACAAGUUUUCAGAAAAGAAAAUAUAACUAGUUACUCACUGUAACCAGAGGCUGAGUUUUUGGCUAACAGAAAAAUGCUAGGGGAAGAAAAACAUAAAGAACACUUGGUGCUUUUUUCAAGUGUCAAAUAUUAUUAGAAUCAACAGUGCAUCUUUAUUUCUUAUAUGUUACAUUACAUAAAAGGAAAACAGAAUUAUGUGGUGUGAAUCAGUGGAGGCAUUUCCUCUGUUGAGCAAGGAUAAUAUUGCAGGAUAUAGAUGCUGAAAUUACUUACUGCAGAACAAAGCUAGAUACAGUGAAUCCAUUCUGGUGCUCCUUAUUCCUGGGCUUUUGUGUUCUUAAAAAAAAAAAAGAAAGAAAGAAAGGAAAAAAAAGUCUUAACUCUGUUGUUCUGUAAAGUUGUCUGAUUUGCAGUGGAAAGUGCUGUAGUAUGAUUAAGGCAUGUUUUAUAAAAGCAAACGAAAGACAUUAAUGGCAGAAGCACUUAGAAGCACUGAAAACACGUGCUGGACUUUUUAUUGGGUUACCUUCCCUUUGGAUAAAUUAGAGGCAAAACCAAAACUAUAGUUGUGUUAAUGUUUUGUGUUUUACCCAUAUGGUAAAAGAAGAAUCAGAGAAGAAUGAAAAGAAUCAUCAGAGAAGAAUGAAAGUAGUCCAGGAAAGAUAGUGAGAGAAAGAGAGAGAGAAAGGGAACAAGCAGUUGAAAGAGACUGAGGGAGAGGCUGCCCUCCGAAUCUUUUUUUGUUUCCGGUGUUUACACAUGGUGCUUGAGCUGGUAAACCGCACUGGCAGCCUAAGCUACCACAACAUACUGACUGAAUGAUGAUAUUUACUUAAGUUCAGCCUACAGCCAAAACCAUUAGGGUGUGUGUUAUAGACUUUUUUUUAAGCCAAGGAAUAUUUCAGCAUACAAUGCUCACUUAAAGACAAUGUAUUCCUUUUCUGUAUUUAAUGGCCUCGAACAUUUCUCUUGUUACGCUGAGAGUCAGAAAUGCUCCUUUGUUUCAGCUUCAGGUUGUUUUGAUUUGUUGUGCAUUUUGAUCAUUUUGUCCACAUGAGCACUCACUCCUGUUAAAUUUGCCAGAGGAAACGGUUUAUGUGGAUCCUUUCCCUUUGGGAUUCAUUGUACAUUUCAGUAUUCCAAAAGUGAGACUCAACAGAUAAUGCAGUGUUUCCAUUUGUAGAAAAUAAAAUUAAUUUAAAAAAAAAUCCUUCAAAAGAGACUGAAACCAUGUUUCUAUAGGAUGUGUUAUUUAAGAUGAGCUUCUGGUCACUCUUUAGUAAUGUACAGUGAGAAAAGACUGAAAACAUCUGUGGAUUCCAUAGAAACUAUAUGAAAAGUCCAGUGUGUCAGACAAGAAAUAUGUACAGCAAAAUCCUAAGCAGUUUUUGCUGACUUAUUAUUUUACAUUUUUUCACUUUUCCCCAAAUUCUUAAAUAUUUUUCCUCGUCAAAUUAAGAGAAGAGAUCUGCUCUGUUUUAUGUUUGUACAUGUCCAGUAUGCUUUUGAAAGAGGGAAGUUAGAACAGUAAAGGUGAAUUCUUCUCAACAUAUGAACCUUUGUAGUGUUAUCUGUACUGCACUCCUGUCACAAUCCUAAGCUAUUAGGAAUCAAGCAAGAUGGAAAGUUUGAAAGACAAAACAAAAAUAACUGAAUAUCUACAGAAAAACACUGUUUUUGAAGUAUGUAUGGUAUAAAUAAAUAUCUUUUUUUAAUGAAAAACACAUUUGAGGUAUAUAAAUAAUUCUUUACUGGAUGAAUCACUGUUCUGCAUUCUCAUUUUACUCUGUUUCUGCUAAAGGUCAAAUGGUUUUGGUAAACUAGUUUGGAAAGUUAAACAUCAUCAGCAGAUCAAUUCAGCAAAUGAAUUACACAGAAAAUGUCUGUUUAUUACACAAAAUGAAACAGCAUGUUAGAAGAGUAUAACGGAUCAGAGACAAACCUCCGAAAGUUUUUUUUUAAAGCUCUGCGGUCCUGUUGUCACAACAUCCUAAACUAGUCCCCCAUUGUGUUUAGGCAUUGUAGGAGAAGAUGACUGUUUAUAGAACAGCUCAGCAUUCUUCAGUAUCACCCUCCCACUGCUUGGAGAGGAUCUUACAUGCUGCCAUAUCUAGACGUAAUUAAUGUAUUCCCCCAACACUUGUGAUGGCUUAUGACAGUGGUUGGUUUUGUGAGGACACUUAAACUCCUAUUGAAUUGAAUGGAAGAUUCCUCCCCCUGCCCCCAUGCAGCUCACUAAGAGUCCAAAGUCAUCAGCGAUAUUCCUGUGAUAAAACUCGCAUUGUUUGAAAUUCUGUAAAAAUCCCAAAUCCCAAGGCAUAUCAGUGGCUUGCAUAAAAAUGAGUUUGGUCUUAAUCCAGGUUCUAGUGGACAUCAUGGGGGGGAAAAAACACCGUAGCUGGCAUUAGCGGGCAUUCUUAGCAGAGACCAUGGAUUGAAUGAGUAUAGAGACUGAACCUACUUCUCUCUCCAGGUCAGGACUGAGGUGGGGAAGCUUGCACUCCUGCCCAUGCUGUAGUUCUGUGACUAGCUCUUCAGUUUCCAGGACUGCCAAUCCUGCACCUUUCACACGAGCUAAAUUGACAUGGUGGGGGAGGAGGGAAAGGAAACACUUCAGUUUACUCAUUUCAAGGAGAAGUUGCUCCAUCUGAAAAAGUUAUGUUCCGGUAGUUAGUGAGCAUGUGUGCUAAGUUACCUUGAUAUUUUGUUUGUUUCAAAAUAGAUGUAUUUUUUGUAAAUAUCAAAAGGGUUUAUUCCACGGGGAGGACUAACUGCAUGCUAAACCUCCUUCUUUAAAGAGAGCCACUUCUUGUCUGGAGCUUGUGUGCUGCUGCGGCGGCUUCUUUGGGUUUUUUUUUUUAAAGAAAGCAUGUGAUACCAGAUAAAUACUAUGUUCCUUCUGAAUCCCUGGUACUAAACCAGUCUAGAGAGAGGCAGUGUGGUUGAAAAGCAGAAGCCAGGAACUCCUGAGUUUUGGCACUCUGUCUGCCUGCUUUGGUCUUGGGGAAUUCACUUCACUCAUCUGUGAAUAUGGGGAUAAUAAAUAAUACUACUUCCCUCGCAGGGGUGUUGUGAGGAUUAAGUAGUUGUUUGUAAAGAGUGAACAUAAGUAUGAAGUAUUAUUACACAGAUUACCAUAUUUAGAUCAUAUCUGUGAACUAUGUCUCAGCCUGAUAGAUGUUGAAAUGGCUGAGAUUUUAACUCUCCCUCCUGCCCCAUGAAAAAGAGGUUGAUAAUGCAAAACCCACCCAACACUAAAACUACAGCAGGCAGCAUGGUUACCUUGUAAUAAUGAACAUGUACUGCAAGCACUUGGUCACAACUGAAUGUAAUCAGUUGUGGAAGGUUUAGGCUAAGAUGCCUAUUUAGCACUUACACAUUGCUCUAAAAAAAAAAAAACCCUCUAAAAUGUUUUUCAGGAACCCUGCUCAUAAAAAUUGACUAUUUCCCAGGGAAAAUUAGACACUUUCAAUUUGGAAAUUGUGGACUGCACUUGUUCUGUGUACAAUUCACAUAUUUUCUUUCUUUCUCUUGUGGAAGUAAAACUCCAUCUCCUCCACCCAUUCCAGAAGAAUGUAAAUGUCCCUGCUCCCGUUCCCCCCCCCCCAUCCCCAAAAAAGGAACUGAUCAGGGAAAGAAGUCAGGUCAUGCCCCAACAUGCAAAGUAUGUGCCUGGGCAUCACAAGAGCUCAGCUCAGAAUCAGGUCCAAUAUAUUUAAUGCUGGAAGGGGGCCUGCAUGACCCUGUCUGUCUGAGUUUACCCUGUCUGUCUGGGUUUUAUCUAACGUAUUAAAUAUAAUUAAGUAUCCAACACAGUUGUUUGUAUAGUGAUCAAGAUUUUGUUUGAGCCAUUCCAAAGAUAAGGACCAUCCACAAAAUGAGAGAUCACGUUUUGAAUUCCAAAGCACACUUUCCUUCAGUAAGUCUGAGGGGGUUAAAAUCUAAGGACUUGAGUUGGACCAGAUUUUAGCAGUAGUAUAUGGGACAUCAACUAUCUUAAACAUACAGGACAUCUUUUGAGAAAUACAUUUGCCUCCACUCAACAAAUUCCCAGAAGAUUUUUCACUGUUUUUGGAGAGGAAAAUGUUUGUUCUAGAAAUGUACACAUGCUCCUUUACAUUUUAAAUGCCAACUAUUUGUUGAAAUAAAAAAUAGAAGCAUUCGUUCCCCUGACCCCCAAAGACUGUUUUCUUUACUUCUCUUUGUUUAGGUAUAUUAACAGAAUGAUUUUUUUAUUUGAAGAAAAGGUGAAAAGUUCUCUGAAGUAGGUGCAAGAAAGCAGCUGGAGUUCUCUGUGGGGAGAAGGUGAGUGGCAGAUGCAUGAUGGCAGCUGGUGCGUGUCAGGGUUUUUGUUUUUUGUUUUUCUUGUGUCACCACUUUGCUGCUAUAGUAACACAACAAAACAGUGACUUUAGUGCUACUUUGUUAGACAAGGAUCAGCUUAUCCCCUGUCACCCUAUGAUGAGCUGCUCCCCGCCCAAUGAAUAUGAAAUGAACUUUUUUCUAUGCCCAAUUUUUUUGAUUUCCACACAGAGCUACAUCAUAUGGUGGCCUGAACCCUUCACCCAUGUGUUCGCAUAAGUACAAGUCUGCUCCAGUCCCAUAGCUUGUGUCUCGGCAUCCAGCAUUAUCGCUCCCUAUAAAAGGUCUGUGGCAGAAUGACAAAGUGACUCCCAUGCAUCAGUAUCAUUAUUAUUAUUUUUUUAGGUCUUUACAUAAUUCUCCUCAUUAUAGCUUGUUUCCUGGUCCUACCAUCAUUACUAGUUACAGUAUAUUAAAAAAAUAAAAAAAAAAAGACACCUUUGUCCUUUUGGUCAAGCCACCGGUCAAAAAUUUCCCAACACUAAAUAACAUUAUGUUUGGCAUUAGCACUAGGGGAAAAAAAUUCUUUGGCUGGCAAGGAGUUAAAAAAAAUAAAAAACAGAUGCAUUUUUGGCAAGUCCACUGAUUUGUCAGCAUUAUUGUUCAUUAUGAUGCCACUGUAUUUUUUUAAACAGCAACAUACUGUAGUUGUCAUAAAGCUAUUUUUCCAUUUCUCUCCUCUAAAGUGUGGUGUUGUAAAUUCAUGUGACCUUUACCGAAAAGAAUAAAUACUUUUUUUAUAUAUAAUAUCUCAAGACAAGGCCUGGUUUGUAACAAAUAGUGGCCCAUUACAAAACAGGAAAAAAACUGAGCUGAGCAGCAAGAAGCUUCAGUUCAAUUUCACCUCAUAUCUUUCUAAUAACUUACUUGUCACUUUAUUACCUUCCAGUAAUGUGAAUGCUGCUGACAAGACUGUCACACUAACAGCAGACAACACCCUCUCUUCCUCGGCCCCAGCUCUCCUGGCUACUUAUUGCGCUGGCCCUGAAGGGACACAAACUAAUAGUGUGCUUUCAAGUUCAGCACUUGGCCAUCAAAUAUAAAAGGAUGCGUAAUUGCCUGUUUAUCCCUUGUGAAGGGGAAAUUGAGUACAAGAACUAGGCUUUCCCUCUGAGUUCCCUGACAUGCACGCGCGCACUCUCUCACACACACAGGCACAAAUCUGCAGUGAGAGGAAGGGAGGUCCCAUCUGGAGUUCUUCGAUUUGUCUUUGGGAAGCCCAAGGCUGCCACUGGCUGCUCUAUCCAGCUAUCAGGCAGACAGUAACAAGAUGACUUCUCAACAAAAGGUCAGCUGAGAAAUGCUGUCUGAAAUGGCACUUUUGUCUGCUUAUGUAGAAACUAAUUGUUUUGGAUCAGCAUAAAGCCAUGCUGUGCCUGUUAGAAAUAGGCACAUAGGCUAGCUACAGGUCUCACUGUUUAAGUUAGAUGGUAAAUUGGAUGCAUGCUAUUUUUCUGGAUUAGCUCAUUCUGUGGCAAAAUUUAUUAAGGGCAAAAUUCUCUCCGAUCCAUACAGUGAGUACCCCUGUAUGGAUCUGAGAGAAUUUUGCCCUUAAUAAAUUUUGCCACAGAAUGAGCUAAUUCAGAAAAAUAGCAUGCAUCCAAUUUACCAUUCUGCCUCAAUAUGCACAUCUCAUGUUGAGGUCAUUGGGAAUCUCCAUGGACAUAGUGAAAACACAAUAUUAGAGAGACAGGCUCUGCUGUCUGAUAGGAGGAGAAAUUUGCCCUGAUUUUUUUUUAAUUAAAAAGGGCAUUGAUAAAACUAUAGAUUCAACUUCUCAAGUGACAUAGGCAGGAAAGAAAGUUAGUGGGAGAAAAUAAUUUGGAAAGCUAUACUAUUUUUUUUUAAACUUAGAAUUCUAAGUUGAGGAAGCAAACAUUCUUGGGAACUAGAUAGAUGCAUUGUCCAAGACUGCUCUCCUUCCUUUAGCUCUGCUUGUGUUUUUUAUCAAAGCCUGAGUUUGACUGGACACCCUGUGAAAGCUCAAGAUGCUGGAGGAGUAAUUGAAACAUAAUUUUCUUGUAGUGUAAUUAGAAUAUAUAUAAAAAAAUGUUAAGCCAUACUUUCCUGUAGCACUUAUGACCAAGGUUUCUAGGGGCAGUUAUCACUGUAAUUUUGAAUGGUACAGGAGUUCAUGGAAGGCCAGUGCAAUACCUAAAAACUGAAGGUUGGAUUCAAACAAAGCAUGGAGUGGUCAAUUUUAAAACCUAUUUUGAGGUUUAUCAGCAUAGAUUUGUGUCAUUUGGCCAGGGCCGGCUCCAGGGUUUUUAACACCCCAAGCGGUGCAAAAAAAAAAAAAGUCGCGAUCACGAUCUGCGGCGGCAAUUUGGCGGGAGGUCCUUCACGCCGAGAGGGAGUGAGGGACCGUCCACCAAAUUGCCGCCGAAUAGCUGGACGUGCUGCCCCCCUCCGGAGUGGCCGCCCCAAGCACCUGCUUGGCAAGCUGAUGCCUGGAGCCGGCCCUGCAUUUGGCUAGAGGUGCAGCGAGGUGAUGACUAAUUGGAAGCAGCUUCUGUUUGCAGGUCCUUAAUGCUCAAAUCUCUUCAGUCCUAUAUUGCAGUUUGGUUCUGGUUGCAGUGGAGGUGAUGUUCCUCACUAUAAAUAAGCUAAGGCCUUUUAAUGACCAGGCAUAAAGUCAUUGAUCUUUUCCUUCCCCCUCUAUCCAAGUGCACCAGAAAUUAUAAUAAGGGACAAAUUAACAGACAUUUUCUGAAGGGGUGUUGGCAGGAGGGGAAUAGGCUGUCCAUUUCCUAAAUCAAAGGUUGAGUCCAAAUUGUGCCCACACAUCAGACCCACACUGGGGUUACACCGAGUGUAAAAGGAGGCAGAAUUUAACCCAAAUCAGAUAAGCUAACACAUAAUUCAGGCUAGAGUAGACCCCUUCUUUUGGUAGCAUUGUUGAAUGCUGUUUGAGGAAACUGAGCACUUUCUGAGCAGAGAAACAUUUUGGGUUCAGGGAGCUUUUUCCUGUAUGUUGGUGCAUUUAAUGAUCCCAAUGUGACUGACAGAUCUAUAUCUUAACAGUUUUAGAACAGUUUAGAACUGAGGCUAUAGAAGGCCUAAAUUGUAUGGAAUGUGGCAUAUCUGCCUGUAUGUUUCCCCCCCAAACCCUAAAUAACACAGGACGCUUGAAUGAGUAUAGUUCUAAUGUGUUUCCAAGCGGUGUUUUCAGUUGGUGAACUUCCUAUUUCACAUCUUUGGAAAACAAAGUAUUUUGCGAACAUGAAGAAGAGCAUCCAUUGUAAAUAUAUGUCUUGAGCAGAGAGAAAAACACUAGCUAAGUGACGCAUAAAGAUUUUAUAAGGCGUCCAUUGUCAAACAGAAGGUUAAGAAUGAUCAGAUGAUAAUGCACGGUUAGGAUGGCAAACUCAUCAAUAGUUAAUCAGAAUCUGUCCAUUUCAGUUAUGGAAUGCAAAAGACUGUGAAAGGUGACUCUGGGGAAACAGUGGCACUGGUGAUUGUGUGUUGUGUGUGUCUGUCUGGGUGGGUGAAUGGAUGGAAGAGGGUAAAACUGAAAGUUAUGCAAUCACUAGUCAUAGCUCUAAAUUGUUUUAUUAGGUGCCUGUCUCCCUUUACCCCCACCACUUUUACAUUGGUAGAAGAGAAUGCGUCCUUCCUGUCCCACCUGUGAAACGGUACAGUAGUUGUGUGACUUGUGACUCUAGAGGUAUUCCUCUUGGUCUCCCAGACAAUGUACUGGGUAAAUAGGUUGACUUGAAAUGUAUAAAUUAAGGUUGGUUGGUUUGUUUAUUUUUUGACCAUUGUUUAAUUAGGAGGGUUUUUUUAAUAUGUCUCUGUACAGUUAUUCAAACCCCUCAUUUUCUCCUUUGCCCAAACACUUCACCUUCCCCCACAAAAAAUAACACAGCUGCCUGAUAUUGCUCCCCUUGGGUUUGUGUGUUUUACCCAUAUGAACGUUUGCAGUUUGUAAAGUGAUUAUGUGAAUGAAAUGUCCUAGUAUUAUAUGUUUAUCUGACAUGGCUGUCUAUAAAUAUAAAAUCCAAUGUGCUGGUUUUUCUUGUGCAAACUUUGGUUCAUGUGCCACACAAGGAGCUUUCCCAUCAUGCAGUUGUUUUUUAAGAGCAGCAUUCUCUGUGUUCCCUGCGUGGUGUGUUCUCAGUUUGUUCUUACUGUCUCUGCUUCUCUCAAAAGCUCGCCAUGUUCUGUGCUCCAGAGCAAUGUAUGUACGGUACAUUUGAUUCGAACCUUGAAUGCAUUCAGAAUUGACUUUUAGUUCAAGUUCAACCUGGGUUUGUUUGACCAAAAGUUGGUAACUCAAAUUCUGGUUUUAUCCAUGAACUUCUCAACAGAGGUGGUUCAAACCCACCAUGAAAGGGGUUUUUGCUGUAUCUGAGGCUCCUGUCUGCAAGCACAUUUGUUGUUUUAUUAGUGUUCACUAAGAAAGGUCACAUGGACCAAACUACAUGGUAUUUUCCAAUAUAGCCGCUAAUUAUGCUUCCAGUUCUAGCAAACUAGAAACAUCUGAAUCUUGCCUAUUGGUACACACAGAGAUUUCAAGCAUUGGUAAACUGGGUUUGAACCUUUAUGAAUCUUGGGGCCUCUAACUCCGCGCAUACCAGUUCAGUCACACAAAAAAGCCCAUGAACCCUUUUCUAACUGAUCAUAGAAGGUUUCUCAUGGCUCUGGUACAUACGCUCAUUGUUGUUCAGUAACAUGCCAAGUACAUUUGGGUGCUGGGGAAACAUGCUUCUUCAAUGUGGCAAAACCACUGCUGUCUUUCCAAGUUAAACUUGUUUAAUGGACUUUACUGUUGCCAGGCACAUGUUCCAGCAACAAUAAGAUUUUUGGGGGGUGAACAGUUUUGCAGUCUUUAAUAUAUUAGCCUUUUGUUUUUCCUUUUUGUUCUCGGUGUGAGUGAAACAUGAAUGCUCUGCUAUCCUGCCUGCAGAACCAAAGCAUGCACUACAGAAUAUAGCUGUACCAGGGGAAUUGAAAAGCUUGCAUCACAUUGAUCUAAUAAUCAUGACAUUGGUAGCUUCAUAAAUACUGUAUGUACCCUAAACAAGUUUUUUCCAUUAGUAGUCUGAGGGAAUUAGAAGUCCUGUUUUUAAUUUGAUAUUUCUUCUUGUAUUUUCUGUACUAUAACUGUCCUACAGUAUGUCUUUUGCAUAAAAUGCAUAAGGGUUUGGGGAUGUAAAUGGAAUUUUAUUCAUAUUUUGUCCAAAUACCUCUUGUAAUUUGUAUCAAAAUUCUUGUACAAUUUUUAUAUUAAAGAUUUAUCAGUCACUGA